AUAACAGUGCGACAGAAAUCCGGGGGCGCUGAGAACAUGCAUUUCCUGUGCCCGUUGAGAGCUGUAGCAGCUUCUCUGGCCCAUGCAAAGGUGCAAGCGAACUGGGUCUGUUCUGCCAGGAAGGACCAUGCACCUCUAUGGCGAAUGCAGCAUGUCACUAGCACUUAUUAGUUAGAGAGCGGUGGACGGGGGCUGGUUUCUUGGGGCUGCCUGGGCGGAGGGCAAAGCCCUGUGGGUUUAGCGGGCAGCAUACGGUAUCGGGCUGGGGGCUGCCUUGCGGGGAGGAUUAGAUGUAGGGUGUAGCCGGAGGGGCGAUGGCAGAAGGGGUGGUCCUGGUGCAGGGAGCCAGCCGAGGGCUCGGCCUGCACUUCUGCAAACACAUUUUAUCCGCACGGAAAGAGGCGAGAGUGAUCGCUACCUGCAGGAGCCCCGAAGCAGCCAGCGCCUUACACGCGCUGCAAAGGCUGUAUCCCCAGAACCUCACUGUGCUGCGGCUGGAUGCCACUCGGGAGGCAGAGAUCCAAGAGGCAGCGGAAGCAGUGGCGAAGGAGCAUGGCCGGCUGGAUCUACUCAUCAACUCUGGGGCAAUGUUGCACCCCAGCGGCAGAGGAGAGAAGAGCUUGCAGGAGGUCUCAGCAGAGGGUCUUUCCAUAACAUUGGCAACAAAUACCAUAGGGCCCCUAGUGAUGGCUAAAUAUUUUGCCCCUCUGUUGCGGAAAGGAACUGGAGCAUUUGGACAUCAGUUUGCUGACCAGGCCAAACAGCAUAGGGCCAUACUGGUGAACCUGACAGCUAAAGUAGGCUCCAUAGGAGACAAUGCUUUAGGUGGAUGGUAUAGCUACAGGAUGUCUAAAGCAGCUUUGAACAUGGCUACCAAGAAUCUCAGCAUUGAACUUGGAAGAGGGAAAACUAAAGUGGUGUGUGUUUCUUUGCAUCCAGGAACUGUGAAUACCGACCUAUCAAAGCCUUAUCACAGGAAUGUUCCCAAGGACAAACUGUUCACCCCAGAAUAUUCGGUUAAUUGUCUAAUGAAUAUUAUUGAGAACCUUGAUAUGGGGAAAACAGGAAGGUUCUUUGCUUGGGAUGGAUCUGCACUACCUUGUUUGAAAGGUGAUACAACAGUGCAGGACAGAUCUGAUCAAAUCAAAUCUAAUGGUGACGUCUGACAGUGAUGAAAACAGAACUCAGUGUGCAAAGCUGUGAACAUUGGCUCCAUUUUGGGCAAGUCUGCUGCAGACCUUCUCUUUCUCCCCACCUCUCUUUUUUUCCUCUUUUAUUGACGGAUGCCAGAUUUAAAGGUUACUGGCUGCAGGGAACCCCCACCCCCUGCAUACAAACAGACACACCUCCCCUAAAAACUCAGGUGCUAACUGUAUUUUAAGUAUUUACCAUACAGUGAGAGCAUGAAUAAGAUUCUGAUUACAAUUUUGUCAUAGUUGCUCUGACUUAUUUUCACGUGUUAUAACAAAGAAGAAAGAUUGGCAAGUUUCAGUGAGAUGUUCAUGUUGUUCAAAUGUAACUCUCAGUACUUGGAUUGGGGAUGGACAAUGACAUCACAGGUUCAUAUUCAUUGGAGGCACAGGUACAUAUUUAUUCUAAAAAUCAGGCCACUUACAGACUUACGUGAAAUCGUUGCUGCACAGUACACAUGAGCUUGAGCCUAAUGAGACAAAAGAAUGACUGACAAAACUGUUAUAUACAUCACCGAGCAGUACUCUUUACCCUGUGAACUUUGUCCAGCUCCAAGAGACGUACUAGAAAGCAGAAAAUCAAACAACUGGUGACGCAGUGGAAGAUCACAUAAACUACGCCAAGCAUACUGUUUACAGUCCUUGUGUUUUGUUGUCCACAACCUGACUACUCAGAACUUUGAUCAUACUGGUGACAGCUAAAUCACAUCACACUUGUGUAUAUGCAAAAUAAAGAUAUGAAGAUCUUC